CCAAUCAAUAAACAUUUAUUAGGAGCAACAAAAUAAAAAGUACAGGUGCGAUGGUAUCACUAAAUACGUAAAGACAUUAUUUUUGGCAUUUCAAGCUGUUCACCACUUGGCACUGAGUAUCUUUCCAAGCUUCUUAGGCUUUCCUAAGAGACUGACACUUUAAAAUCCAGCUACAUUGGAUGUACUUUGUGCCCAGGAGCCCCCCCCCCCCUCUCCCUUCUGCACUGACAUUGGCUGGUCCCCCUUUACUCUUUCCCAUUUCUUAGGAUUCCGGGGCUAGCCCACUUCUGCAGAAAGCUUUCCAGUCCAUGGUCCCCUCCCAUCGCCGGCUGCCAGUGUCGGAGUUCAGAUUCCUCCCCGACGUGGCUUGUUGGGCCCGAGGCGUAGACUUCUCUUCCACCCUCCCGCCCUCUUCAGACUGAGCUGUUUGCUGAUUUACAUCAAGAAGAAAAACUUGUUCCUAAAAAAAAAAAAACAGAACUGAGAACUGAAAACGUUCCAUGAUAUUCCUUAGACUUUUUAAGAACCCUAAAAGUUAGCGAAAGUGCGCGGGCACAGAACCAUGUCUGUAGCGCGUGCGCGAAUAGCCGUAAGCCGUAAAGGAAUUCUCCAGGUACGCCCAGGCUGUGAGCGAAGCCGUAAAGCAUGUGUCAACACGCUUGCUGAGGAGGUAGCCGCGGACUGGCUGGUGGGGAAGGCAAUCGGAGGGUUCAGACCUGACUGGACACCUAACGCCAUUUCGAGGAAGCUGCCAUCGUUCGUGGACCUUCUCACUGUGAGUAAUUUGUUGAGGUCCCUGCGUGCCCCGGCACCUGCCGCGCUCGCCUCCCUCCCUCUUCGCUCCCCGGCCGCGCCUCCCGCUCCUCCCGGUCCAGACCCGCCGGCCCGCGCGCGACCAUGUUUAAGAAAUUUGACGAGAAAGAAAACGUGUCCAACUGCAUCCAGCUGAAGACGUCCGUCAUCAAGGGCAUUAAGAACCAGCUGCUGGACCAGUUCCCGGGCAUCGAGCCGUGGCUCAACCAGAUCAUGCCCAAAAAGGACCCUGUGAAGAUCGUGCGCUGCCAUGAGCACAUCGAGAUCCUGACUGUGAACGGGGAGCUGCUGUUCUUCCGGCAGAGGGAGGGCCCCUUCUACCCCACACUGAGGCUGCUUCACAAAUACCCCUUCAUCCUGCCGCACCAGCGCGUGGACAAGGGCGCCAUUAAGUUCGUGCUCAGUGGUGCCAACAUUAUGUGCCCUGGCCUGACCUCCCCAGGCGCCCAGCUCUACCCAGCUGCCGCCGACACCGUGGUGGCCAUCAUGGCUGAGGGCAAACAGCAUGCUCUCUGUGUGGGCGUCAUGAAGAUGGCGGCCCAAGACAUCGAGAGGGUCAACAAGGGCAUAGGCAUCGAAAACAUUCACUACCUUAACGAUGGCCUGUGGCACAUGAAGACAUACAAGUGAGCCCCUGGGGCCUCCCAUGACUCAAGGAAAGACUUUUGUUCUUUGUCUUUGUUGAAUAAAUUCCAUGGUUACAAAAUUAAUAAAGAAGAUCUGUUUAUACAGUA